ACCGUGCUAUCUGCCAUAGUGCCAUAUUAUAAUAUAUAUAGUUAUUUAUUAGUAUUUAGUUUAAUUCGUUCAUACUACAUAGUGCUACAUAGUUUGUCAACUUUAAAUUUAUUUGUUUUUACUAUUAUUACUUAUUAGUUAUUUGCAUUAUACGUUAGUUACAUCAUGGUUAUUUGGUGACUUUGAUGUUCAGUGUCAAGCUUCAGGUUUGGUGAUAUGUAUAUAAUAUUUAGUAUUUUUCUAUAAUAUGCCUACAAAUUAACAUUUGAUAGAACAACAUAAAUAUGGCACAAUUUUUAUUCCGAGGACUUCGACUGUGCAACACUACUAUUUUGAACAAAACAGCAGUGUGUUGCAAAUGCGAGAGAAAUACAUUCAAACUGAUAACAAACAUACAACCAUCGUUUUUUUCGGUGUUAAACAAGAAAUUGUACAGUUCUCAAUCUGAAAAAAAACCUGCUGAAACAUUAGGAACGACACGUGCACUUGAUCCAUUAGAUAUAUUUGGCGAGAAUAAAGAUGAAAGACGUAAGGAAAAAGAAAAAGCGAUAAAAAACUUAAAAAUAGGGUUCUUCUUCAUAGGUGCAUCUUUAAUGAUGGUUCUUGGCACUGGUCUUUAUGUUUUAAUGGAUGACAAUUAUUAUAAAAAAGAUGAAGAUGAAAAAGAUAUAUAUCCAAUACGUCUGUUUAAUCGUGGACGGUUGGCCGUCAGAGAGUUUUUUGAAUCGAUGAGAGCACCUUCUUAUGAAAAACUAUUGCCUGAUCCUUUGCCAUACCCAUAUAUCCAACCACCUUACACAUUAAUUAUAGAAAUGACAGACCUGCUUGUUCACCCAGAAUGGACAUAUACAACUGGAUGGAGAUUUAAAAAGAGGCCAAAUGUUGAUCAUUUCCUAGAGCAAGUAUCUCAAAAUUAUGAAAUAGUUGUAUUCACAGCUUCGAAUGGAUUUAAUGUUUACCCAAUUUUAGACAGUUUGGAUAAAAAUAAUGUAAUUAUGUAUAGACUUGUUAAGAAUGCAACUGACUAUAUUGAUGGACAUCACGUAAAAAACAUUGACCGUAUUAACCGUGAUUUAUCCAAAGUUAUUAUGAUUGAUUGGAAUGCAGAUUCAGUAAAAUUACAAAGGGAAAAUGCUUUGGUAAUACCCAGAUGGACAGGCGAAGAUGGUGAUCAACAGUUGAUUCAAUUAGCUGAGUUUUUAAAUGUAGUUUCAGCAAGUGAAGUGAAUGAUGUACGAGAAGUACUCUCAUAUUACAAACAGUUUGAUCACCCACUUGAAGUUUUUAAAGAAAAUCAAAGAAAAUUAUUAGAAAUGCAAGAAGAACAAAAACAAAUAUCAGGCACACUUCCAAUAAAUAAAGCAAGAGGCUCGUGGAAAGAUAAAUAUCUAUAUGGAAAAUAAAUUUUAACUGUUAUUACAUUUUUGUUUUUUAUACCAAAAAUAAAGUAGGUAGUAGAUAUUAA